AUGGAGAUGGAUCCCGCUUCGAACGCUGCUCCUACGGUAGCACCUGCUGUUGCUUCCACGAGCGCUAACCCGGCUGUUCCUGAGCAGUUCAACAUUCCUGAGCGCUUUAAAGGCUGGACUGCUGUGGCGGUCAAGGGUUUUCGGGCGGAUUUCAAAUCACUCUUGAAGGCGAAGUCCAAGCUUCAGAAGAUGAAGACGCUUGAUGAACAGGCUUCGGUUGCUGCUGUUCAUCUGGAGAAUCAAAAGCGUAUCCAGAAGGACUUCAUCGCUUCGAAGGAGAUGGAGGUCGAGGAGAUUUUGGCGGCUUCUAACCUGCACGUGACGACUCUGGCGACAAAGCUUGAGGACUACCUGAAAAGUCUCUCGGAGAACCCUGACCUGGUGGUAUCUGAUGCUACCAGGGAGAAGUACAGGAAGAUUAAGGGGGCUUGCAUCAAGAAGGCGCAGUCCGACAUAGCCAUUGCCAGGGAUGAGAUCAUCAUCCAGGAGUUGGAACGGCAGAAAAAACGUGAAGCUGAAGAUUUGAAGAAAGCUGCCGCGGCUGAGGAGAUCGACAGAAUGGAGCUGGAUCCGACGGUCGACGCAAUCGUUCAGAAGCACGUAAAGAAGGUCGAAGAUCGGCUUCGCAAGGAGUUCGCGGCGAAGCUGGACAAAGAGCUAUCUGCGAAGCUUCAGAAGAUUACGUUGGAAAAGAAGGAUUCUCCGUCGACCACCGCUGCUGACUCUAAGCCCCAGAGCAAUAAGGCGAAGAAGAAGCGGGGGAAAAAGAAGAAAUCUGUCACUCCUACCGACGGCAAAGGGAAGGGCCAAGCAGCACCGAAGCGGGUCUGGGUUCCAAAAAACGGAGGCGGCGGCCCCGCAAAAGGGCCGCCAAAGAAGAAGUAA